AUGAGGAGAAAGCUGUCGUCUCCGAAAAAGAGACAGGGGUGGUUGCAGACAUUCACACCUUCUCAAGCACUUGCUCCCUCAUCUAUACACCAAUAUACCAAAGAAUACCACGGAAACUCCAGCAACUAUGUCUUCCCCGAGAUCCCCAAGAAAUACAAGGCCGUCAUCUACGACGAACCCGGCAAAAUCAGCACAAAAGUCGUCGAACUCGACACACCCACCCCAGGCCCCGGCGAAGUACUCAUAAACCUCACACACAGCGGUGUCUGCCACUCAGACAUGGGCAUCAUGACCAACAGCUGGAAAGCCCUUCCCCACCCCACCCAAGCCGGUCAAGUCGGCGGCCACGAAGGCGUCGGCAAAAUCGUUGCCAUGGGUCCCGGCACAGAAAAUGCUGCUGUCAAGGUUGGGCAGAGGGUGGGUGUCAAGUGGAUUAGUGGUGUUUGUGGCGGUUGUCCCGCGUGUUUGAGUGGACAUGAUGGUGUGUGUUUUAAUCAAAAGGUUAGUGGGUAUUACACACCUGGCACGUAUCAGCAAUACGUUUUGGGGCCUGCCGACUACGUUACACCCAUCCCUGAUGAAUUGGACUCUGCUGCUGCCGCCCCCAUCGGCGCCGAGCACUUUAUCGACCACACCACCUCCAAAGACGUGGCCGCCGACGUGCAAGCCCUGACCGGUGGACUAGGUGCUCAAGCCGUGUUGGUGUUGACAGCAGCAAACGGUGCUUAUGCUAGUGGUAUGCAGUUGCUCAAGUUUGGCGGCACGUUGGUUUGUGUGGGGUUGCCUGAGGGUGACUUGCAGCCUAUUGCGACUGCUUUCCCGCAAGUGUUGGUGGCCAAGGAGCAAAAGAUUGUGGGUUCUGCAGUCGGAAACCGAAAAGAAGCCAUCGAGACUUUGGAUCUGGCUGCUAGAGGCAUCAUCAAGACGCACUUCCGAACAGCAAAGAUGGACGAGUUGACCAGCAUCUUUGAGGAGAUGGACCAGGGUAAGAUUCAAGGAAGAGUUGUCUUGGAUUUGCAGUAA